UUCAGGUCCAGGUUGCUGAGCGCGACAGUAAUCGAUUGGGAUUUAAGGAUAAAAGGCACCAACCAGUAGUAAAAUGAUAAAGCUAUUAGUGGUAAUUUGCGCAUUAGCUGCCUUGGCUGCUGCUGUCCCAGUGGAGGAAUCGAACGGUCCAGCUGUCGAAAAGCAACCAGUUCCAGAAGAAGAAUUUCAACCCGGAGAUCAGGCUGCCGGUCUUGAAUCGGGCGAUGCUGCCAAAGAGGAUUUAGAAAAAUCAGAAACGUUUGGAUUCGGUUACAGAUAUUACUAUCCUCGUUACUACGCGUAUCCUAGGUAUUACUAUCCUGGCUACUACUAUUCAUACUAUCCUAGCUACUACACUCACUAUCCACGGUACUAUUACUGGUGAAUCUGGUAGUCGGAUAUGUUUGUAUUUUUUUGUAAAGGUAUGCAGAGAUUUAAUAA